GGCCCGAACAUCCACCCUCCGUUUGGUGGAAUAAAACACAAUGGUUUCGUUAUCUGGUGCCCCCUCACUGGUGCGAAGACGACGGACGACGACCCUUGCCGCUGUUCUUCCUUUCGUCUUGCUGGUGCUAACGGCUGCUACGGUGUGGUUUCGUCCGUCCUCCUAUUACCACGAUUUCUUCCACAGAGACGGGAUCGGCAUCGGGGAGGUGGCCCAGACCGAUCCAUUGGCAUCGGCAUCGGCACCGAAGAGUGCUCCGGGAUCGAACCCGAACAACCACGAAGACGAUGGGCCCGCGAAAAUGGUUCCCGCAGAACUCCUCGAGCUGGGCGUCUACGACGAAUCGAGGGAUUUUGUCAACGAGCGGGGAUUCUCUCCCACCGGCUGGGAGGAACCCAACGCCGAUCCCACGGUCUGGGGCCCCUGUCGCUUCACGCCGGUGCGGCCCGGGUCGUCCUUUUCGAUGGCCGCCGACGUUUCGUGGGCCGACCGGAGGCGGUGGACCCGUUCCAACGAAACCGCGAACGCGACGGCCCUCUUGUCGAGAUCGGACGACUACUACCGGAACGCCGACCCGGACGAUUUCGAAUACAGGGUAGCAGUCGCUCUGUCGCAACUCACCGGCCACAACAAAUCCAACGAAAAGCAUCCCCCGUUCAAAGGGGGCUGGUGCCGCCCGGGGUUUUUGAUCAUUGGGGCGGGAAAGUGUGGGACCUCCAGCCUCUACCACUACCUGAUGGGACACCCCCGGAUAGUCCCGGCGAUAGAAAAGCAGAUCCACUACUUUAAGUAUCACGCCAACACGAGACCCCUGGCCUGGUACUACGGACAUUUUCCGACCCCGCAGAGCUUUUUGGACCACGGUGCCCUGAUGACCGGGGAAGCCAGCCCGGGGUAUUUGCCCUAUCCGGAGGUGGCCAAGCUCGUUCACCAGACGUACGGUGGAACCGGGCAGGACGGAGCCGGAACAGACGUUGGAAUGUCACUGCAGUAUCUGUUGGGCGAUCCCGCGUACCGAAAGCGGGCUCCGGCGGUUCCUCCCCGGAUCAUCGCCGUCGGGAGAGAGCCGCUAGAUCGCAUGUACAGUUCCUACCGAUACAACUACGUCGUUCCGACCAUUGAACACCUGCGGUCGAGGGGCCAUCCCGCGAUUCGCAAACACCGCCGCUAUGGCACAAAAGCCAAGAAAAAAUCAAGCCACAAGGAACACGCGAGCGAGGAAUUCGUCUUUGAGCUCAACCACCCGGACGACGAGUACUACAUGCCCUACUUGUUCACGCUGGAGGAGUUUGUUCGUGCCGAGCUGAAGCAGCUCAGAGGGUGCUUUUACGACUGGGGUAAGAACUUACUGAAUGCCUUUCUAGGAUUUGUACGCUUGUUUCGGUUGACGGAAUGCACACUAGGUACUUGUUUGAACUCACCCGCGGCUUGUUUGCCUAUCGAUCGACUCCUUUUUCUCCUCAAGGUCCCCGAAAAACCUACAUGCAAUGGCGCCGUGACUCGAUCUACGGGAAAACGAUCAAGCUCCGGAACGGUGCUUUUGUCGACAACGAGUCAAGCAUUGCAGCUGGUAAAAAUGCCACGGAUUCUUCCGCUCCGCCACCAUUGAUUGCUCUUGACGAUGUAUGCUAUGGAAAGUCUGUAAACAAAACCGUUUAUAGGGAGCAGUGGGCCGAGAUGCAAAUGAACAACCCGGAAAAGAAGGUUCUUCUGAACAAAAACCUGCACCUGACGCAGGCUUUGAUCGGACGAUCCCUCUAUACCUUUCCGCUGGAAUGGUGGUACCUGGACGUUCACAAAUCACCACAACCACCAAUUUUUGUUUGCACGGACGAACUAACCGAUUCAGAAACCCUUAGCGAACUCACGGCGCAGCUUGGCUUGCCCGCUUUUGAUGGCUUUGACCAAGUUCUGGCCGAGGGUGCGUACAACGUUGGGGGACACAGGGGAUACGACACGGCGACGUCGUGGGAGGAACUCGAACUGGAAAAGCAACAGAAAGAACAGCAGCAGCAGAACAACGACGAAUCGUCGUCCAGAUAUUCUAGCAGUGGCAGUGGCGGUCCCAAUCGCACCCGCCACCGAUACGCUGCGGCCGAGGAUGUUCCCACCGCACCGAAAGGGGCCGCCCCCGGCACUCUCACGACAAAUGGCAUCCCGCUUCCCGAAGAUCUCUACCGGGAACUGAAGGACUUUGUCGACCCGCUCAACGAACGAUUGUUUGCUCUGACGGGAAAGCGGUGCAAUUGGUAGGCAAACGGGCAUUGCAUCGCGUCGCAUUGCCUUGCAUUGCAUUACACCACAUCGCAUCGUCCCGUGGAGAGAUCAUGGCUCCGUUCGCCUGACCCAUCUGUGUUCGAGAGACAACACGAAAUGAAUGCAAACGACUGCU